AUGGUUGCGGACGCUCUAGUUUACCACCCGACGGUGUCGCAUUACCUCAAGUUUGUCGCGACAACUGUCGGGCGCGACAAGGUGCUGCGAACGCUGCAGUACUUCUCUCGAUUCCUAGCCUGGUACCUGUACCGCACCAACCGCCCAGCAUCGACCAUCGCGCCGUUCGAUGCGACCAAGAAGACGUUUGGCCAGACGCGCAAGCUCAUGCGCGUGGGCAAGUUUGUCGAGCACUUCAGGGCUGCGGCUGUAGCUACUGAUGCCAAGAGCAUGGAUCCCGUGCUGAGGUUUACUGCUAUUGGAAGACAGUUGGGAUAUGCGUUUUAUAUGCUGUGUGAUAACGCUUGCGUGCUCGACGCAACCGCCAUCCGCAAGUCUUCCUACGCCCCGCGUCUGCUGCGCGAAGGCUACCGCGCCUGGUUCGCGGGUAUCUCGUGCUCGAUUGCCUCGGGCCUGUACUCGUACUACAACUUGCUCCAGCGCUCAAAGGCCAUUACCCAGUCUUCGGACCCAGAGAAGGUCGUUGAGACGAAGAAGUUGCAGGUCGAGCUUAAUGCUGUCAAGGUCCAGCUUAUCAGCGACCUGUGCGAUAUCACUAUCCCCAGUUCGGCGCUUGGUUGGGUCGAUCUUGAUGAUGGUAUUGUGGGAUUGGCCGGUACGACGAGUUCGCUGUUGGGUGUGUGGGCACAGUGGAAGAAGACUGUGUAA